GGUGAAGCCUCCCCAGGCUCUACGAUCGGCGCUCAGUCCUGGGUUCCUCAGGAUCCCGCGGUGGCGCAGGGCGGGGAUUGCCCGGCAACCAGGCGUCCGGAGUGGGCAAGGACAGGCAGGACGGGCUCGGUUUCUCUGCGCUUCAGUCCAAAGGCUGGUGCAGCUCCCGUCGCUCCUGGUUCCGCCGUACCCCUCUUCACGACUUCGGUGGGGCAUGUUUUCCAGGGCCCAGGUGAGGCGGGUUCUGCAGCGGGUGCCCGGGAAGCAGCGACUCGGCGUCUACCGGUUUCUGCCCUUCUUUUUUGUUCUGGGAGGAACCAUGGAGUGGAUCAUGAUUAAAGUACGCGUGGGCCAGGAGACCUUCUACGAUGUCUACCGUAGAAAAGCCUCAGAAAGACAGUAUCAGAGGAGGCUGGAAGAUGCACCAGAGACUGAAUCUCAGCAGUCAAUAAAAUCCACGAACACAAGGGCUGGACAUCCAUCAGGACUUGGGGGCGAAAGGCUUCACAUCCUUCUGUGAUGAAGAUGCUGCUUUCAUCCAGCUGCUAAAGAUAAAGAUGUGCUCCUUCCCUAAGAAAGUGAACCUUCACAGUGUAAAGCAAUCAGACUUCAGCCAAAUCAGAGGCUCAGUCUGUUGGCGGAGAUUUUGCAAUUUGACCCAGAAUAAAUUUGGGUUAGCUGGUAGAAAAAGCAAAGGCAUCUUCCCAUGCUUGGAUAACCACAUACAAAAUCUUUUCAAACAAGAAAAUAUCUACAUAUUAAAGAAGACUAAGUUUCAAAAUAGUUUCUAUUUUUCAUGAAUAAAGAAGCAAAUGCUUAAGGCUACAGGGUAUCUUUAAUGAGCUCUGUCACGAACACUUCCUAAAUUUUUCUAGGAAUUUUUUUUGUAAUUGUAGUCCAUUUAUGUUAGAAACAACUCAGUAUAAAUAGAGUCACUGAUUACUUGUAUCUCAUUAAAGCACUACCUACAGCAAACUCAGAGUCACUGCUCAGAGAUGGCUUGAAUGUGAAGACCAGUGACGACCAGCAGCACCAGGGAAAGGAAAGUGGUUCUCAUAUACACUUGCAUCAGCUAAAGAAUUCCUGGUGAACUGAACUUCAUGGGCAUUUUAGUGAUUAGGCUGAUGCGUAAGAAGUUAAAAUUGUGGUAUAAUUCAAUUAUGUGGUUUUAUUCCAUGUUCUCCCACUCCCAAUUUUAGAAGCUUAAGUAAUAUUGAUACAUAAGAGAAUUAUGUAACACACACCUUUUACAAAGAAUAGUUGUAAAUGCCAAUAAAAC